AUGGGCAGAAGAGGAGCCCCAGGAAGGUGGUGGACCGCUAUCGGCUCUACCUUCCACGGACCUAGACGAAGAUGGAGUAUACCUCGUCAGGUAUCUGGAGAUAGGGCAACUAGAAGCCCUGGAGAAGGAUACGACAUCCAUCGCGUGGAAACCUCCGUCGCCAAUACACCGGCACGCAAGGCGGAGCCUGCCAAGGCAGCGAUAGGCAAGCAAACGAAGCACACCAAUUCACAGAAAUUGGCAGAAGAGGCCUCGAAAGGAAAACCCGAAUUAUCCUUCGAGGAAAUCGUACCCAAAGUAUACUGGAGUUAUAGGAAGGUUUUCGAAGGCCGAAAACCUGGGAAACUACCUCCCAAACGACCAUGGGACCACAAGAUCGAACUCAAGGACGACAUGGAACACUCGCUCAGGCCGAAACUUUACAGCCUCAGUCCCAUGGAGCAAGAGGAACUCAAGAAAUUCAUCGACGAAAGUCUCAAGAAGGGAUUCAUCAGGGAAUCCAAGUCGCACAUGGCAUCACCGUUCUUCUUUAUCAAGAAGAAAAAUGGAAAGCUACGGCCGGUAAUGGACUACCGGAAGCUUAACGAAAUAACGAUCAAGAACAAGUACCCUCUCCCGAUCAUUCAAGAGUUAUUGGACCUCUUAACGGAGGCGGAGUACUUCUCGCUGGUGGACAUCGACACCGGGUACAACAACAUCCUCAUCGACGAAAAGGAUGUCCACAAGGCAGCGACGAGUGGCCAUCUACAUGGACGACAUCUUGGUGUUCUCAAAGACUAUGGAUGA